GGUUGGGCUGCGCCUGGCUGGGUUGCUAGGCUGCGGGGUGGCAGGCGGACCUCUGUGACACAGAUGGGCGGGAAUUUAGCAAUUCUUGCACCCCCUCCCUACACUCCUCCUCAACCCGAGGCCGGAGGCGACUCAUACCCCCCGGGCUGGGGUCCCGGACCCUUCGUACGGAUUAGUGGAUCGGUUUCUUACUUCACGGACAGCCUCAACAUUAUCGCCGGAGAGCCCUGUGCUCUCCGCUGAGCUUUCACCAUACGGACUGAUCCUCUCGCUGGAACAGCUGCAGCGCACGGCUCCAGUCAGUAUGAGGCUCCCUUUAUUAGAGCUGGGGUUGCUUCGUUGGACGAUCCAUGGGAACUAAAGGAUCAUUUUGGAACCAGAACCCCUUCUGUGUCACCUGAUCUAGAACCCAGUUCCUCCCAGCUUACUGCAGAACUCGGCCCUUAUAUGAAGACCUUGUGUGGACAGUAAUGACCGCACGCUUCCGAUUGCCUGCCGGCAGAACCUACAAUGUGCGCGCGUCGGAGCAGGCACGGGACAGACAGAGCACAGAGGUGGUGUGCAGCGUUCUUCUCCUGGAUAACUCUGUUCAAACUUUUCAUGUAAAUAAACACAACCAUGGGCAGGUCCUUCUAGAUUUGGUCUUCAAGUUCCUUGAUCUGACAGAGCAAGAUUAUUUCGGGUUGCAGCUAGCGGAUGAUUCCUGUGACAAUCCUAGGUGGCUGGAUCUGAACAAACCCAUCAGGAAGCAGCUAAAAAGGGGUUCCCCUCACAACCUCAACUUCAGAGUCAAAUUCUUUGUGUCUGACCCCAGCAAACUGCAGGAGGAGUACACAAGGUACCAAUAUUUUCUACAGAUAAAACAAGACGUUCUAACUGGAAGGUUACCCUGUCCCUAUAACACAGCAGCACUGCUUGCUUCCUACACUGCUCAGUCUGAACUAGGUGACUACAGUCAUUCAGAGCACUUGCCUGGGUACCUUGCUGACUACUCCUACAUCCCUGAGCAACCUCUGGACUUUGAGAAAGAAAUAGCAAAGUUGCACCAGCAGCACAGAGGCCUGUCCCCAGCAGAGGCAGAAUUCAGUUAUUUGAACACUGCUCGUACAUUGGAACUGUAUGGUGUUGAACUGCACUACGCACGGGAUCAAAGUUACAAUGAAAUCCUGAUUGGUGUGAUGUCUGGUGGAAUAUUGAUAUAUAAAAACAGGGUACGCAUUAACACCUUUCCAUGGUUGAAGAUUGUAAAAAUUUCAUUUAAGUGCAAGCAAUUCUUUAUUCAGCAACGCAAAGAGUUGCACGAAUAUAGGGAGACGGUACUUGGGUUCAAUAUGGUCAAUUAUCGCGCAUGUAAGAACUUGUGGAAAGCUUGUGUGGAACAUCAUACCUUCUUCCGCCUCGACUCACCACUCCCCCUGCAAAAGAACUUCUUUGCACACUACUUUACGUUGGGUUCCAGGUUCCGAUACUGUGGCAGGACAGAAGUCCAGUCUGUGCAAUAUGGGAAGGAGAAGGCCAAUAAAGACCGUGUGUUUGCCAGGUCCCCAAGCAAACCAUUAACCAGGAAGCUGGUCAGUGAGAUGGACUGGGAGAUUGUGAGCAGAAAUUCUCUGUCUAACAGUAGACUGGAGACCCAGAGCCUGCCCUCUCGUUCCCCCCCAGGGACACCAAAUCAUCGGAAUUUCACGUUCAUUCAGGAACAAAGUCGCAUGCGCCCCUCUUCAGUGGGACACCUAGUUGACCGUAUGAUUCACACCUCACCCAGGGAGGUUUUCACUAACCAUCAAUCCUCAUCCUCCACCCAAGCCAACAGCAUCGUCCUGGACUCACCACCGGCCCAGGAUAUUACUAUGGAUACUCCUCCCCCGGCACUGCCACCCAAGCAGUCCAAGAAGAACAGUAUGAACCAGAUUCACCUGUCUCACUCCCAGCAGGACCUGGACAACCACAUCGAUGAACCAUUCGAAGCUCCUUGUUCUCCAGAGAAAUCUACGCCAAAUGGGCUUGUGCCUCACGACAAUCUGGUGCUGAUUAAGAUGCGACCAGAUGAAAAUGGCCGAUUUGGCUUUAAUGUGAAGGGUGGUUUAGACCAGAAGAUGCCAGUGAUUGUGUCCAGGGUGGCACCAGGAACUCCGGCUGAUCUCUGUGUCCCACGUCUCAAUGAGGGGGAUCAGGUUGUACUGAUCAAUGGUAGAGACAUCUCUGAGCACACUCACGACCAAGUGGUGAUGUUCAUUAAGGCGAGCUGCGAGAUGCACUCCCAGGAGCUUGUACUGCUUGUGCGCCCCAAUGCUGUUUACGAUAUAGUGGAGGAGAGGCUGGAGAGUGAACCGGACUUUCAGUACAUCCCAGAGAAGACUGCCAUGGAUGGGAUUCAUUCAGAUGAUGAUGCUCUGAGGGAAUCCAUGAUCCAACUGGCGGAAGGACUUUACAAUGGGACGGUGCUGGCUCAGUUUGAUCAACUGUACCGCAAGAAGCCCGGAAUGACCAUGUCUUGUGCCAAAUUACCUCAAAAUAUUUCCAAAAACCGAUACCGAGACAUUUCGCCUUAUGAUGCCACUCGGGUGAUUUUAGCAGAUGGCGAAGAUUACAUCAAUGCCAACUAUAUCAAUAUGGAGAUCUCUUCUUCCAGCAUCAUCAACCGUUACAUUGCGUGCCAAGGGCCUCUGCCCAGCACCUGCCCUGACUUCUGGCAAAUGACCUGGGAACAAGGCUCCUCUAUGGUUGUAAUGCUCACUACCCAGGUGGAACGGGGAAGGGUAAAGUGCCACCAGUACUGGCCAGAGACCACAGGAAGUUCUGAAUUUGGAAAGUUCCAGAUAUCUUGCCAUUCUGAGGAAGGAAAUCCUGCUUAUGUUUUUCGGGAGAUGACACUCACUAACGUGGAGAAAAACGAAAGCCGCCCCCUGACCCAAAUCCAAUACACGGCAUGGCCCGACCACGGGGUUCCCGAUGAUUCAAGUGACUUCUUGGACUUCGUGUCCCUGGUGCGCCAGAGGAGAAGUCAUCAUGAUGAGCCGGCGGUGGUGCACUGCAGUGCUGGCAUUGGCCGGACUGGAGUGUUGAUCACCAUGGAGACCGCAAUGUGCCUGAUGGAGUGCAGUCAGGCCGUGUACCCCUUGGACAUUGUAAGAACGAUGAGAGAUCAGAGAGCAAUGAUGAUACAGACACCGAGUCAGUACAGAUUUGUGUGUGAAGCAAUCCUGAAGGUGUAUAGAGAAGGCUUGGUACAACCUGCAUUGGCACCAUUUCCUAAAUAGAUGGGUACGUAGCCAUCUGGAUACAAGCAGCAUAGCCUUGCGCCCCGAAAGGGAUCAGAAUGGCAUCUCUCAGGGUCUCGGAGCACCGACCCGCUCGACAGCACACGACCAGGUUUGGAUGAUCCGGCCCGGGAGGACUUGGAGGAUUUAGCACUGUUGCACUUUAUGUUCAAAUGAAGAGAAUUAAAAAAAACAAAAAAAACUUGACAUUUUUCACGCCUUGGUAACAUUUUUGUUUUUGUAACUUUUUGCUCUUGUGCUUUCGCUUUGGAGAAAGAGAAUGAAUUUAUUUAUGUGACUGCUUUCACUGCACCGACACUCCCCCACUUAUCCCCUGUCAGAAAGGGAGGAUAUACAUUUCACAUGGGAUAAUCGCCGGCUUUUCUAUGUAUUCAAUCAUUGUUAAGACUUGAAACCCCUACUCUGCUUUAUCCUGGGGCAGCAGUGAAACAUUUGUGUCUCUUGGCCUAUAUUUAUUUCAAGUGAUAUCUGGGUAACAAGUUCUGCGGGCUGUUUACUUGUGAGCAAUUUGGGGGUUCAUUUUUUGGGGUUGUGUCUCAAACCUGCCUCCUUUUUGACGAUUGCUUGUAGCCAGAUGCAGAUCUGAGACCUAGCCGGUAGAGUACAUGCAUUAAUUAUCGACAUAGUCUUAAUGAUCUUCCAUCUGGCUAAUUAACAUAGUAGGAUCUUAAAUGGAACCUCCAUCUAGUCUAGCGCAAUGAUAGAGAAUUUCAUUACAGUAGCAGUACCUAGAACUUGCCCCACAGUAGUUAAUCUAGUCAGUGUGGCUCUGUAGAGGAUCCAGCGGAGACUUCAGUAAUGAUAGCAGAAGGUUUGGCUGUGUCCUUUGUCUAUGUCUGAAAAAGUACUUAGUGUCUGACUAGUCCAUACUCUCAGAAACCCACAGGGUUUGCCUCUUUGUUCCAUUGCCUUGGGCCCAGAAUCGGAAUUGCAUCCCUCAGGGCCCUGGAGCACCGACCCAGUUGGUGGCACACAACAAACUCUAGACUGCUGAUCCAAGUGACUAUGUUUUGCGUGCGUCAAUCUUAUUGUUAAGCAUGGCCGUGUAAGGUGAGUUCUCCCCCCCCCCCCGGCCCAGCCCAGACACCUCUGUUACUGUUCUUGUGCUGUAUGUGUUAUUCUUGCAGUUGCGUCGUGAACAGAAUUUCCACUUGGUAAAGAAACCAACAGUCUCCCACCAAGAGUCCAACUGCCUGCGUCUUGGGACGGACAAAACCCAUCCUGGAACCCUCAGCAGAACUGAACGUUUCAUUAGCCGGAACCGGUCCAACCACUGAUGGGCACCAAAUUAAUUUCUUGAUAUGCAACUGAUUUCCUACUCUUAUCAGCAAACAAAACUCUAAAUUUCUGAUGUUUACAAUUGGUCAAAUAUAGUGUACCAGCCUGGUGUUCCGUCCCGGUAAACAUCCAGUUUUGCUCUGGGGUACAACACAUACUAACACUGCCUUUCUCUCUUCUAUGGUCCAGUAAACCAGGUACUUCACGGCUUGAAAAUGUGAAUUUUAUCAUGAAAAAAAUAAUGUUUUAUAUGCACAGCUACUAAUAAGAUGAGAUGUGGAUAUAUUUCUGAUUAAAAAGAAAGUUUAAA